AUGAAAGCAAAAGAAACAGAGAAAAAUGGAUCCUCUUUUAUUUCAUUUUUAUUCUCAUUUUUCCUUCUUUUUUUCAGCUUUUUAACUUCCUUUUCUUCUUUUGCUUCUUAUUUUUUUGCUUCUUAUUUUAAUUUUUUUCUUACGUCUUUUGUUUCCUUUCGUUUACUUUUUUCUUGUUCUUCCUUUCUUCUUCUUCUUCUUCUUCUUCUUCUUCUUCUUUUUGUGUCUAAUGGCUAUCUCAUUCAUUCAUUGAAGAACGAGAUACAGAAAGAAAUUUGUUGCAAUUAUUCGUACUUUUUUGUCGUGUUUGUUGCAGCCAUAAAAAUUAAAUCUAUCUAUCUAUCUAUCUAUCUAUCUAUCUAUCUAUCUAUCAUAGUUAAGCAGCGUCGAGCCCGGUCAGUACUUAGAUGGGCCAUAAAAAAAAUAAAUCUAUCUAUCUAUCUAUCUAUCUAUCUAUCUAUCUAUCUAUCUAUCUAUCUAUAUACCAUAAAAAAUAAAUCUAUCUAUCUAUCUAUCUAUCUAUCUAUCUAUCUAUCUAUCUAUCAUACCAUAAAAAUUAAAUCUAUCUAUCUAUCUAUCUAUCUAUCUAUCUAUCUAUCUAUCUAUCUAUCUAUCUAUCUAAAUUAUCUAUCUAUCUAUCUAUCUAUCUAUCUAUCUAUCUAUCUAUCUAUCUAUCUGUUUAAAAAGCAUCCCUUUAUUCAUGACUUCAUUUUAAUCAAAUACAAUGCACUGCGCCGCUUGUCUGUCUCAAUCCGCCAAUUUGCUUCCAUGAUCAUCCGCAAUUUGCACGUUGCUUACACUUUCUUCAUAUCUAUCUAUCUAUCUAUCUAUCUAUCUAUCUAUCUAUCUAUCUAUCUAUCUAUCUAA